UUAGAUUAAAAGCCAAGUCAAGCUCCAAUCAAUUCUUGUUCUUUGGGGAAAUACACAUAUUAUAAAGCUUAAUCACCUAGUGAUUUCAUUGAUGGAGGACUGUGGGAAGCUACACCUUAACGUGGUGAGGCAAACAACUGAACUUCAGAGCUCCUACAAGCUUUCUGUGCCAGCAACAAAGCAAACCUCUGUACUCCUGGAGAUCUUUAAACAGAGCUAUACCUUCACUUUCUGCGACAGUCAUUUCAGAUGAAAGUCUCACCAAAAGAGCACGUCUCUUUGCCACAAGAAAAACAAGUAGCUGCAAGCAGCUGCAAGCCCAUCACAUCAUGAUGUUUCUUUUGGCCAAAAAUGCUCUAAGUGGGCUAAAGAUUCGAAACAUUCAACAAAUUAUGGCAAGGCAGAACCAUAUGAAAUGCUCCCUGGAUUUUCACGAGAAAUAUGGCAAUGCUGUGCUAGCCAGUGGAGCUGCUUUUUGUGUUGUUACAUGGGGUUUCUUAACCACCCAGAUGGGAAUAGAAUGGAACCUAUCCCCUGUUGGCAGAGUAACCCCUAUGCAGUGGAAUGAGGAGUAACUGUCUCAGUUGCUGUAACAGAAUUGUCUCAAAAACAACUUGUCAUGUAAACAUUUCUGCUGUUCAUUAAAGAGAAACUAAUUGAAGAAAUAAAAUACUGUCAGUCUUUGAAAAUAAU